UCGUUGGUGCUUCUGCACUGUUGUCGUUGAAAGCAAAAUCAUGGGACCUGAAACCCUAGACCCUUUCCACUCGCCCUAGAAAACCGAUUGAAACCCCCCGCCCGGCCGCCCCAAGCCUCCACCCAAAACGCCGCCGUUUCCUCCCAUUUCUCCUCCGCCGCGGACGGAAAGAUUUGAACUUGAGAUUUGAAAUCGAGGGGAAGAGAACCGAAGAUGUCGUCUUUGAGCAGAGAACUGGUGUUCCUGAUCCUCCAAUUUCUGGAGGAAGAGAAGUUCAAGGAGUCCGUACACAGGCUGGAGCAGGAAUCGGGGUACUUCUUCAACAUGAAGUACUUUGAGGAGAAGGCACUGGCUGGAGAGUGGGACGAGGUCGAGAAGUACCUCUCUGGGUUCACCAAGGUCGAUGAGAAUCGCUAUUCGAUGAAGAUUUUCUUCGAGGUUCGAAAGCAGAAGUAUCUCGAGGCGCUCGACAGGAAUGACAGAGCUAAGGCUGUUGAGAUACUGGUGAAGGAUUUGAAAGUGUUCUCGACGUUUAACGAAGAGUUGUACAAGGAAAUUACGCAUCUUUUGACCCUCGAAAACUUCAGAGAAAAUGAGCAGUUAUCGAAAUAUGGUGAUACUAAGUCGGCUAGAAGCAUAAUGCUAGUAGAGCUUAAAAAGUUGAUAGAAGCAAAUCCGCUUUUCCGAGAUAAGCUUGCUUUACCCACUUUGAAGGCUUCACGCUUGCGAACUCUAAUUAAUCAAAGUCUAAAUUGGCAACACCAGCUGUGCAAGAACCCAAGGCCAAAUCCUGAUAUUAAGACCUUAUUCAUGGACCACUCGUGUUCUCCAACAAAUGGGGCUCGUGCAUCCACGCCAGUUACUCUUCCGGUUGCAGCUCUUGCAAAGCCAACUUAUGCUCCUCUAGGAGCACAUGGUGGAGCUUUUCCGCCGGCUGCUGCAGCUGCAGCUAAUGCAAAUUUAGCAGGAUGGAUGUCGAAUGCUAAUCCUUCCUUGUCUGUGCAAUCAGCUGUUGUUGCCGCUUCACCCUUCCCUGUUCAACCCGGUCAAGUUUCUGUUUUAAAGCAUCCAAGAACACCCUCAAAUGCUCUUGGAAUGAGCGAUUAUCAAAGCUCAGAUCACGAGCAACUAAUGAAACGCCUGCGGCCUGCACAAUCUGUUGAUGAGGUCAGUUAUCCUCCCCCUCCCCAGCAUGCUUCCUGGUCACUAGAUGACCUACCGAGGACUGUAGCGUGCACUCUUCGUCAGGGAUUCAAUGUGAUGAGCAUGGAUUUCCACCCUUCUCAUCACACAUUACUUGCUGUUGGAUGUGAUAAUGGCGAAAUUACACUGUGGGAAGUUGGGAUACGAGAGAAGCUAGUGUCAAAGCCAUUCAAAGUAUGGAAUAUGACUGCUUGUUCUAAUGCAUUUCAGGUUGCUAUGGUCAAAGAUCCGUCAAUAUCUGUAAGCCGUGUAUCAUGGAAUCAAGAUGGAAGCUUAAUUGGUGUUGCAUUUACCAAACACUUGGUUCAUUUGUACGCUUAUCAAGGACCAACUGAUCUACGGCAACAUUUGGAGAUUGAUGCUCACAGUGGCAAUGUGAAUGACUUAGCCUUUUCUCAUCCAAACAAGCAAUUAUGUCUUAUAACUUGUGGGGAGGAUAAGCUGAUAAAGGUUUGGGAUUUGGGUGGAAGAAUUCUAUUCAGCUUUGAAGGUCAUGAAGCGCCUGUUUACUCAAUUUGCCCCCACCAGAAGGAGAAUAUUCAGUUCAUAUUUUCAACUGCUGUUGAUGGGAAAAUAAAAGCUUGGCUGUAUGACAAUGUGGGCUCCAGGGUUGACUAUGAUGCUCCUGGGCAGUGGUGCACCACAAUGCUCUACAGUGACGACGGAAAUAGAUUAUUCUCUUGUGGGACUAGUAAAGAUGGUGAUUCUUUCCUCGUUGAAUGGAAUGAAAGUGAAGGGGCAAUAAAGAGGACAUAUAAUGGAUUCAGAAAAAAAUCUUCUGGCAUAGUGCAAUUUGAUACAACAAAAAAUCACUUUUUGGCUGUUGGUGAAGAUAAUCAGAUAAAGUUUUGGGAUAUGGAUAAUACAAAUGUUCUUACUGGUACAGAUGCUGACGGUGGACUUCUGACUCUUCCCCGCUUGAGAUUCAAUAAGGAAGGAAAUUUGCUUGCUGCUACCACGUCUGACAACGGAAUCAAAAUUCUUGCUAAUGCUGAGGGUCUAAGAUCCUUAAGAGCAAUUGAAACUCGAUCUUAUGAAGCAUCCAGAGGACCUAUUGAGAUGAAGGUAUCUGGUUCUUCCAUGGUUCCGAAUGUCAACCCAACCAUUAAUAAAGUGGACCGUAUGGAUACAAGCUCUCCUGCCAGACCGACUCAUAUUCUUAAUGGAGCUGAUUCAAUGGCAAGAGCUGAUUCUAUGGCAAGAGCCGAUUCUAUGGCAAGAGCCGAUAUGGCAAGAAGCCUGGAAAAGAGAAGAAGCUUAGAUGAUGUAUCUGACAAGAUUAAACGUUGGGAACUGGCGGAGAUUGUAGAUCCCGUUCAGUGUCGAGUGGCUACUAUGCCAGCAAGUAAAGAUCCUACUAACAAGGUUGCUCGACUUCUGUAUACAAAUUCUGGUUCUGGCAUUCUGGCUCUCGGUUCAAAUGGGGUGCAGAAGCUAUGGAAGUGGAGCCGCAAUGAACAAAAUCUAAGUGGGAAGGCCACAGCAAGUGUUGUUCCCCAACAUUGGCAACCCAACAGUGGUCUUUUAAUGACUAAUGAUGUCUCAGAAAAUGUUGAAGAAGCGGUUCCAUGCAUUGCACUCUCAAAAAAUGACUCUUAUGUGAUGUCAGCCUGUGGAGGAAAGGUGUCUCUGUUCAAUAUGAUGACUUUUAAGGUAAUGACAACUUUCAUGCCACCUCCACCAGUGUCAACCUACUUGUCAUUUCAUCCUCUGGAUAAUAAUAUCAUAGCAAUAGGAAUGGAAGAUUCAACUAUCCACAUUUACAAUGUUCGACUUGAUGAGGUCAAAGCAAAACUGAAAGGCCACCAGAAGCACAUUACUGGUUUAGCAUUUUCUGUCAACCUUAAAAUCAUGGUUUCAUCAGGUGCCGAUGCUCAACUAUGCUUUUGGAACAUGGAUACAUGGGAUAAGAGGAAAUCGGUUCCACUUCAGUUGCCCGCUGGAAAGGCGCCUGUCGGUGACACGCAUGUGCAAUUCUAUUCUGAUCAAGUCCGAUUGUUGGUAUACCAUGAGACUCAACUAGCAUUAUAUGAUGCGGCCAAAUCAGAGUGCAUUCGGCAGUGGAUGCCACAAGAUGUUCUGCCUGCGCCCAUUUCUUGUGCAGCAUAUUCUUCAAGUAGUCAACUAGUUUAUGCAGCAUUUACUGAUGGUAACAUUGGAGUAUUUGAUGCUGAUAGUCUGAAACUAAGAUGCCGUAUUGCCAUGUCGGUGUACUUACCACAAGCAUCAUCAAACAGCCCAUCUGUGUACCCGCUGGCUCUUACAGCACAUUUGCAGGAGCCGUACCAAUUCGCUGUUGGACUGACAGAUGGAUCUGUUAAAGUUAUAGAGCCCUCGGAAUCUGAGGGGAAGUGGGGAGUUUUGGUGCCUGUUGAUAACGGAACACAGAACGGGUGGACAGCAACAUCUUCGAGUAACAAUCCAGCAUCGUAGCCGCUCCAUGUAGGGAUUUCUAUAUCCAUUUCCUAGAGUUGAUUUGCGUUGUAAUUGUAUUGUAUUCAUGUACUACCACAGCAAGACUAGUAGGGGGUAUGUUAUGUGCCUCACCGAAUGUGUGAAGCACAGAGAGAUCUAAGGUAAUAGAAAAAAUUCAUGUAUAUUUAUAUGUUUAUCAGAUAAAUGUGUUUGGUUAUUUCUUCAAA